GUCUUGUUGCAUACGACGAUGACUCCCAGAGUGACUCGGAAGACAAAAUUAUGUCUACAGUGAAUAAACAUGUGAGAUUCUUUGUCGUCGCCCUUCUCCAUAUCCGUUUCCCUCUUUGCUGGCUACCGUUUCUGUCUUGGUCAGGAUGUAUCACUGAAGACAAACGUUAACAAUUCAGACCCGCGGAAAGUUACCAAGUCACAAAUAAUCAUCAAACGUCCGGUAACGCAGCGCAAGAGCCAUCCUAGAGCCCACGUAUCAGGAGACAUCAAUGAAUCGCCCACGAUGACAGCCGUAUCUGGACCAUCAAGCAGCGCCAGCCAAGAGGCGUCUUCAUCUCAGGCUCUCCAUGAUCCUGAAAAUGACUUAUCUUUGGUUCGACGCAUCCUUCGGCUACCGCCACUGACGGGAUUGGAUGAUUGGGGUAUACCGCCCGAUCCGACGGGUCCCUGUGAUGCAGUCAUAGAGACAAAACUGGCACAGUUCCAUGCGCUGAAAGACAAUAGUAGCAACCCCAAGCACUUCAAUGACUCACUCAUGUCCAAUCGUUCCUUUCGUAAUCCUCAUCUAUACGCUAAACUCGUCGAGUUCGUGGAUGUUGAUGAGCGAAUAACGAAUUUUCCGAAAGAGGUCUGGGAUCCUAAUGAUCUAGAUGAGGAGUGGUUUGCUGAUCGAAUCGGUGCGUUUGCCUUCGAAUGUAUUGUCCAGGCAACUCUGUUCACAAUGCUUCAUUCUCUUCGCGCCCUUGUAUCUGCCGUUGUUCAAAUAAUUUCUCGUACGUUUAUUCUGCGAAUCUACUUCUGGUGUCCGAAGCGGAGAAGCAGAAAGCUCGUUCGGAGCAACAGUCGGCGGCUCAGUCGUCGUCGAAGCGCUCGCAGGUUGAUUUCAUCAGUUCAAGUAAGACUAAGGUGAAGGAACCACCGCAGCUUCCUAGA